AUGCAGCAGCACAAAGUACCGGCGCUUCUAAAUUUUACCCCUUGGUGUACCGGGACAUCUUACAGGGUACCGGGACUUCUUCCAGCAUACCUGGACUUCUUCCAGCGUACCGGGACAUUUUCCAGCAUACCCGGACUUCUUCCAGCAUAUCGGAAAUUCUUCCAGUGUACCAGGACUUCUUCCAGUGAACCGGGAAUUCUUCCAGUGUACCAGGACUUCUUUCAGCGUACCGGGACAUUUUCCAGCAUACCCGGACUUCUUCCAGCAUAUCGGAAAUUCUUCCAGCGUACCAGGACUUCUUCCAGUGAACCGGGAAUUCUUGCAGGGUACCAGGACUUCUUCCAGUGUACCAGGACUUCUUUCAGUGUACCAGGACUUCUUUCAGUGUACUGGGACUUCUUCCAGUAUACCAGGACUUCUUUCAGCGUACUGGGACUUCUUUUAGCAUACUGGGACUUCUUCCAGUGUACCAGGACUUCUUCCAGUGUACCAGGACUUCUUUCAGCGUACUGGGACUUCUUCCAUCGUACCGGCACUCCCUCAUUAGUCGCUGGUGAACUCACCUGCCACUGUUGGAGGAAAACCAGAGAUGAAAUCGUUCAGCUCUCCUGGACAGUGACGCAGCAUUUUUCUUUAUUCUUAAAUCCACCUGUGUGUGCAGCGAGGAUGUGGUCGUGUUUCACAGACUUUUUCACGUAUGAAACCACAAAGUCGGUGGUCGUGAAGAGCUGGACCAUCGGCAUCAUCAACCGUGUCGUCCAGCUCCUCAUCAUCACGUACUUCAUCGGGUGGGUGUUUGUCUAUGAGAAGGCCUACCAGAUAAGGGACACGGCCAUCGAAUCUUCAGUGAUGACCAAGGUGAAAGGUUUUGGGAUCUACAACAACAAAGUGAUGGAUGUGGCCGACUACGUCACUCCUACUCAGGGGGCUUCAGUUUUCUGCAUCAUCACCAAAAUGAUCACGACAGAAAACCAGGUCCAAGGAUACUGUCCUGAGAGUGAGAGGAAAUACAAUUGUUCUCAGGACAGCGACUGCACCAAGUUCCUCAGCAGACCAGGAAGUUAUGGAAUCCUCACAGGGAGGUGUGUCUCCUUCAACUCCUCGACCAAAACGUGUGAGAUUAAAGGAUGGUGUCCGGCUGAGAUCGACACCAUCAAGACUACGCCAAUGAUGGAGGUAGAGAACUUCACCAUUUUCAUUAAGAACAGCAUUCGCUUCCCAACCUUCAACUACACCAAGGGGAACUUUCUUCCUACCAUCACCGACUCCUACAUCAAGAAAUGUAACUUUGACAAGGUCAACAACACGUACUGCCCCAUCUUCAGGGUGGGAGACGUGGUCCGCUAUGCACAGCAGAACUUCACCAAACUGGCAGACAAGGGAGGGGUAAUCGGAAUUAAGAUCGGAUGGACUUGUGAUCUGGACAAGUCAGAUGACAAGUGUAAUCCCUCGUACUCAUUCACCCGACUGGAUGCCAUGUCUCAGAAGAGUGAUGUCUCACCAGGCUACAACUUCAGGUUUGCCAAAUACUACAAGAUGGAGAAUGGGACGGACUACCGCACUCUGGUUAAAGCCUACGCCAUCAGGUUUGAUGUUCUGGUCAAUGGAAAUGCAGGAAAGUUCAACAUGAUCCCGACUCUCAUCAACAUGGUGGCUGCCUUCACAUCAGUGGGAGUGGGCACAGUGCUGUGUGACAUCAUUCUGCUGAACUUCCUGAAAGGAGCAGAGCAGUACAAGGCCAAGAAAUUUGAAGAGGUGUCGGACAGCCCGCUUCACUCUCAGGGGAACGGUUUGUACCGCUCACAGCUGUCUCUGCGGCACAACGAGACCAUCAUGAGGUCCAGCGACUCAGGAGCCUUCUCUAUUGAACAGUACACCUAAUUCAGAGGGCAGACAUGGACAUGUGCUGGAUUAGGACGCUCUGAAUAUGUUCAGUAUUAUGCAUUUAUUGUGUAUUUAUCAUACAUUCAUUAUACUGUUAUUAGCCUUAAAUUAGCUUCAUAUGACAAACUAAUCUAAAUAUUGAAAGAGUCUGUGCAUGAAGACUCCUAGAAUGUGACAGUCACUCUGGAUUUUGGGGGCCAUUUAGAAAAUAAAAACGUACUUUUUAAAAGAAUC